GUUAAACAUGCUUGGGACAAACAUAGCUUGAAGCAUGUGGUCUUUUUCUGCCAGCACUCUUCUGUUUUCUAUGUUUCUAUGUAACAAAUAUCAUGAGUCACACAGCCUAAGCCUCUCCUUCAGGAGGAAUUUGUAAACUAAAUCACUGUAAUCUACGUCAUUGCGAACUUUGUCUCUCCUUCCUUUCUUCCAAAGUGAUGGCGUCUUCUGAUCUGAGAGAGGAGCUGAAAUGCCCCAUCUGUUGGGAAAUUUAUAUAGACCCCGUAAGCCUGAAAUGUGGACACAGCUUCUGCCAGGAUUGUAUCAUUCGUCAGCUGAUCACACAGAAGGGUUCCGGGUGUUAUUCCUGUCCUCAAUGCAAAGAUGAGUCCCAGGAGUGGCCCACGCUAAACAGGAACAUUGCUCUACGGAACAUAUCAGAGCACUUCUUAUCUAAACCAUCCCUAGAGAGCCAACAAUGCUCCGACCACAAACUGGACCUGAAGUAUUACUGUGUUCAGGACGCUGCCUGUAUCUGUAAAAAGUGCUCCGAGGAUUCACAUCAGGGGCACCAAAUGGAGUCACUGGAUGAAGCCUCCGAAAAGAAGAAGGCAAGACAAAAAAAUGCUCUUCAGAAUCUCAUGACAGACAGAGAGGAGAUGGAAAAUAGAAUUCAAAGUCUGCAGGAUCGUAAGAGGAAAGUAGAGGAAAAAGCAGCCGGUGAAACAGAAAAAGUCAGUACCCUGUUCAGAGACCUCAGAAGACAGCUGGAAGACCUGGAAAAGAAGGUCCUGAAAGAGAUCUCCAUAAAUGCAGAGCGGGUCUUGGUCUUGGUGUCCGAUAUGAUCGAUCAGCUGAUGAUAAAAAAGGGGAAGCUCUCCAGGAAGAUGCGUGAUAUUGACCAGGAGCUGUGUAACAUGUCCGAUUUGGUGACUAUCCUACAGGAAUCAGACUUGGGUGACUUGUGUGACACCAAUCACAGAGAUAAUGAGAACAGGGGGAGGCCAGAGGAACUCUCCAAUGAUGGAGCGGAUCUGGAUACAACUUGGAUCUCACACGUUAUACAUACGGGCGUAUCCCAUCUAACAGAAUUAACGGUAUGUUUCCAACUACAGGAACCUGCAGAUAUAUUACUAGAUGUAAACACGGCUCAUAAUGAUCUACAUAUAUCAGAUGACAUGAAAAGUGCAUCCUAUUCACCAAACCAGAAUCGCCCCAAAAAAACUGAGAGGUUUCAGGAUUACACACAGGUAUUAAGCAGUCAAAGUUUCUCGUCAGGACGACAUUACUGGGAAGUGGAUGUUGGUGGGUCGGAAUAUUGGAGUAUCGGGAUGUGCUACCCUAGUAUAGACCGAGGAGGAUACCAAGCACAGACUGAAUGUAAUAACAAGUCCUGGUGCUUGCGUAGAAGUGCCGAUUGGUAUUCGGUUAUACACAACAGCAAAUGGAUUGAACUGCCUACCAGCAUAUCCAGCGAUAAACUGAGGAUAUAUCUGGAUUACGAGUCUGGUCAGAUCUCCUUUUAUGAGUUUUGUAACCAAAUUAAACACAUUUACACCUUUACUGCUACUUUCACUGAGCCCCUCAAUGCUGCACUACGCGUUUGGAACGGUUGCAUCAAGAUAUCAGGAGGGAAUCAGGGGUAAUUGAGAAGCCAUUAAGUUGUAAUGAACCUUGAAAUCUUUCUUUCUAUUUUUUCCUUGACUAUUAUGAAAACAAUAUUAACUAUAAAGUAAAAAUGCAUUUUAAAGGCUAUCUAAGCCCAAAAGCAAAAUUGUAAUAUAUUGCAGCUCGCCAAUUAUUAGAUAAGGUGGCUGCAGUAGUUUUUUUUUUGUUUUUCAGGCUUCUUUCCUGUAUUUUCACUAGGCGAUCCUGCCAGUAACACUUAAUUUCCUGGGGAGACAAUGCUCACUCAAUAUACUGUAACAAUGAAGAUGCAGCAUUGUCACCCUAGGACAGUAAUGGCGAACCUUGACACCCCAGAUGUUUUGGAACU